CUUAUCAAAAUUCUCAUUUUGAAAUUAUUGGUAUUGGCGGCCAAAAACAAAUAGCUAACAAAGAAUGUGAAUUCGUAUUAUAUGCAAAAAGAUACAAUUUAAGAAUUCCAGUUAAAGCUAUAGUAAUGCCCAAAGUCACUAAAUGGCUUCCAACAUAUUCUUUUGAAAUGCCUGACUCGCCUGAGCUUUCAGAAUUGGAUCUAGCGGAUCCAACUUUCAAUAAAUCUGCUCAAAUUGAUCUCAUUAUAGGAAAUGAUUAUGAACAAUUUCUUAAUUUAGAAGGUAUUAAAAAGAAUGUAUGUGGUCAAACUUCAGCUUAUCACACUGUUUUUGGUUGGGUUCUUAGUGGUCCCAUUAAAACCCAAACUAUUCAAACUUUUACCACUUCGGUCACACAAUGUGAAACUUCAGAUUUAAAUAAUACAUUGAAAAUGUUUUGGGAACAGGAAGAAAUUCCUACUUCUCAUCCAAACACCGUUGAACAUGAAAUUUGUGAAAAGUUUUAUACCCAAACUACAACUCGACAUGAGAAUGGUAGAUACGUCGUUCGACUACCAUUCAGAUCAGAAUUUCCCGACAAAGUUUCCCUUGGCUCAUCCCGAUAUAUUGCAUUAGCUCAAUACUCCAGAAUGGAGAAAACACUCGCAAAAGAUCCAGAACUUGAAGCUCAAUAUAAAUCAGUUCUGAACGAUUAUAUAACUCUAGAUCACAUGGAAGAAACUUCUUCAAGUGAAAUUGUAUCCCAAGAUAAAUAUUAUUCUUUUUACUUACCGCACCACGCAGUUGUUCGCCCAGAACACAAAACGACCAAAUUAAGAGUCGUAUUUAACGCAUCAAGAAAAUCAAAAUCUAAAUUCUCGCUCAAUGAUGUGUUAUACACAGGUCCCACUCUACAAAAUGAUUUAAUUACGAUUAUCCUCAAUUGGAGAAAAUACCAAUAUGUAUUUAGUGGCGACAUACAAAAAAUGUAUCGCCAAAUACUUGUGCACCCUGCUGAUAGAUCUUUUCAAAGAAUUUUAUUUCAAACUGAGUCAGAUGAAUCAGUUAAAGAUUAUCAGCUCAAAACCGUCACUUUUGGCAUAAAUUGUGCUCCCUAUCUCGCGAUUCGGACACUUCUUCAACUCGCAACAGAUUCCGAAUCUGCACACCCAAAAGCAGCAUCAAUUCUGCGCUCAGAAACUUAUGUCGAUGACAUUCUCUCAGGAGGUUAUUCAAUUGAAGAAACUCUUUCUGCUCAAACUCAACUUAUUGAAACAUUAAACUCAGCAGGUUUCCCAUUAAAGAAAAUUACUGCUAAUAAUCCGCAAUUACUUGCUCAUUUGCCCAAAGAAGAUCUUUAUGAUUUAGACUUCUUACGUUUUCACGAAGCAAGUUCUACUAAAACACUUGGCAUCAAGUGGAAUGCAAUCACUGAUACAUUUUCUUAUAGUUUUUCACCCAUUGAUGAAUCUCAAAGAAUAACAAAACGUCAAAUUUUAUCGUCAGUUGCAAAACUUUUUGAUCCAGCUGGAUGGCUUGCACCCAUCGUCAUCAGAGCAAAAAUGCUGAUGCAGCAGCUGUGGUUAGAAGGCUUGGAAUGGGAUGAAGAUGUUUCAUCUGAAUCUCUUCAAAAGUGGAAUAAUCUAGUCAGAGAUUUAUCUCAAAUCGAAACAAUUUCCAUUCCACGCUGGUUACAGUAUACGCCAUCUGACGAUAUUCAAAUCCACGGAUUCUCAGACGCGUCUAAAACAGCAUAUUGCGCUACAGUGUUUAUUCGAUGUAAAACGAAAACUUAUAACACUUUUGUAAAUUUACUUGUAGCUAAAAGUAAAGUGGCACCAAUUCAAACUGUUUGUCUUCCAAGACUGGAACUAAAUGGUGCAGUUUUGCUAUCAAAAUUGGUAAAUUACGUAAUUUCGUCAUUAAAUUUUAAUACUAAAGAAAUCAUUCUUUGGACUGAUUCAUCUAUUGUGUUAGGUUGGCUCUCUAAACACCCAUCUACGUGGGACACAUAUGUUGCAAAUCGUAUGGCAGAAAUUCAUCGUUUAACGCCAAACGCCAUAUGGAAACAUGUUCCAACGCAUGAUAAUCCAGCAGACUUGGGAACUCGAGGUUGUAAGCCUAAAGACCUUGUUCACAAUUCCCUUUGGUGGCAUGGACCAUCGUGGCUAACUAAACCAUGGUCUGAGUGGCCUAACAGAAAUCCUUUAAAAACCCCUGAAUGUCCAAAGAAAGUAGUAUCAAUGCAUUCAGAAACCCAACAAACCGAUAUUCUCGAAAGAUUUUCAUCGUUUAGCAAAGCCUUACGCGUUAUCUGCUAUGUUUUUCGAUUUAUUAACAAAUGUAAAAAAGUUAAUUCCGCUACUCAAUUAUCUUUAACUCAAGAUAAAAUGAAAUUUUCAAAAAAUAGACUCAUAAUACUCGCUCAAAAAACAUUCUAUUUCGAAGAAUACGAAUAUUGCUUAAAAUCUCAAGCAUUACCCAAUAAAAGUUCGCUAAAAUCCCUUAAUCCAUUUAUAGACUCGGACUCAAUUUUACGAGUAAAUGGAAGAUUAUCACAAUCAUCACUUCCCUAUGGCGAACGCUAUCCUAUAAUUUUACCAGGCGUACUAAACUAUCGCCCAAUCUCAACUUUAUCUGAAGACCCUUCAGAUCUAACUGCUCUAACCCCAGGACAUUUCCUAAGAGGAGCCCCGAUAAUGGCUCUCCCAGAACAAGAUUAUCAAAAUAUAUCUCUUAUUAAUAGGUGGGAAAAAUUAAAAGCUAUGCAUCAUCAUCAAUUCUCAAUACGCUGGAAAAAUGAUUAUCUUAAAAUUUUACACAAACGCUAUAAAUGGAAAAACUCUACUACCAAUCUUAAAAUUGGAGAUCUCGUCGUUGUAAUGGACGAUCUUCAGCAGCCUUACGAAUGGCGUUUAGGAAGAAUCGAAAAAACUUAUUUUGGUUCAGAUAAUAAUGUACGCGUAGCCGACUUUUAUAUCAUUAAAACCAUAACUAGUAAACAACCCACGGAAAAUAUUGAUAUUAGUAGAAUGGGAAUUCCUGCUAAUGUUAUUUCAGCAGACCCAGAAGAGUUCAAUAGGCCACAAAAAAUAGACAUUUUAGUAGGAGCGGAAUCCUCUUUUGAGUUGAUGUUAUUGGGAAAGAUAAAGUUAGGACCUACAUUGCCUAUUUUACAAAAAACACUUCUCGGUUGGAUUGUUUCGGGUACAUAUGGAGUGGAUAAUUAUAGUAAACAGUCCUAUUAUGUCAAAUAA